AUGUCGCAAGAUAUGGGAAAUGCAAAGCCCGCAUGUGGCGGCGGCAAGGAGGCCGGAGAGUACGAUCUUCCUCUACACACGGUUGGACUGUUCCUUGUCCUGGCCGCAUCAAUCUUCGGGGCUGGCUUUCCCGUGGCCGCGAAGAAGAUCAGUUGGUUGAAGGUACCAGAAAAGGUGUUCUUCGCCUGCAAACAUUUCGGAACAGGUGUCCUAAUAGCAACGGCUUUCGUCCAUCUUCUCCCUACAGCCUGGUUCAGUCUUUCAGACCCAUGCCUUCCGGAUCUCUUUACCGAGCAGUACCCCCCGCUUCCUGGUGUCAUUAUGAUGACUUCCCUCUUUAUUCUGUUUGUUAUUGAGAUGUGGAUGAACAACAAGAUGGGCGGACAUUCCCACGGCGGCGCCGCGGGCUUCGAGCAUCACGCACCCGCCCCAGUUAUGGUUUCUCAGCCUCAGUCUCAGUCUCAACACCGUGCACAACCAUCUGAUGCGACUAUGGUGGGCUUUGAGGCCGAAGACAUGGAAUACGAGAAGAGGAUGGCUAAGGAAGUGUACGAAAACCCAUACUCGUACCAUGAGAACGACCUAGACCUUCCCCGAUCCGAAAUGCCUCCAUGGUUCGUCGUUUUCUACGAGCAAUAUGUCCGCCAACGUCUCGAGCUCGUCAACAUGAUCAAGGCAUCUGGUGGCAACAUGCCAGUACAAUCGGAUCCCAAGCAGGAAGUAGUGGUUAGCGAAAAGAGCAUGUUUGACGAGGAGGGCCAGCCGGUUGACCCCAUGGUCUACAAGAGGAUGUCCAUGAACAUUACACUACUUGAAGGUGGUAUCCUUUUCCACUCCGUCUUCGUCGGAAUGACUGUUUCUAUCACUAUUGAAGGCUUUGUCGUUCUCCUGAUCGCUAUCCUUUUCCACCAAAUGUUCGAAGGUCUUGGUCUUGGUUCUCGUAUCGCCGCUGUUCCGUACCCUAAGGGCAGCAUCCGACCCUGGCUAUUAGUGUUCGCUUUCGGAACAACUGCACCUAUUGGACAGGCCAUCGGUUUGGCUGCGCGUAACAGCUACGACCCUAACAGUGCCUUCGGCCUGAUUAUCGUCGGUGUCUUCAACUCUAUCUCUUCUGGUCUUUUGAUCUACGCCGCUCUAGUUGACCUACUCGCCGAAGACUUCCUCUCUGAGGAAUCCAACAAGGUGUUGACGAUGAAGGACAAGAAGAUUGCUUUCAUGUUUGUCAUCUUAGGAGCUAUUGGCAUGUCUAUCGUCGGCGCCUUCGCUUAA